AUGAAGGACUCUGCAGGUGCAGACACGCCAAGUCGCGGCCAUGAGCUACUGCUCGUGCAACUCGUUUUUGUCUCACUUGCGGGAGCGGCGACGCUUGUACGGGCCUAUGUCAAGGUCUUCCUGGUUGGCCGUGUAACGUCCGACGACUAUCUAAUCUUUGCGGCCAUGGGGGCCUAUGCUGCCUAUGCCGCAGUCGCCAUAGACGGAGUCGUCAACGGAGCGACCGGCCAGGACGUCUCCCAGGACUACACGCCCAACCAAGCAGCCAAGUCUCUAUUAGGUUGGUAUCUGUGCGAGGCACUGUAUGCCCCAAUCACCCUCGCCAUACGGGCAUCUGUUUGCAUCGUCCUCUUGCGGAUAACGACAAAGAAGCCCUACCGGGUCAUCAUAUGGGUCAACGUUGGGGUCAUAGCAGUAGUAUCCAUUGCCUUCGCCUUCGUCAUGGCAUUCCAGUGCAGCCCUCCGUCCUAUUUCUGGAAACAGGUGUUCGGGGCGGAAGGAUCCUGCAUCGACAAGAGGAUCGUCAUGAUAUCGGUAUACGUGCACAGCGUCUUCUCCGCUGUGUCGGACUGGUGCCUGGGCCUGUUGCCCAUUGCCAUCCUUUGGGGUGUUCAGAUCAACAUGAGAACAAAGGUCAUCGUCGCCGUCCUAUUGAGUCUAGGCAUGAUAGCUGGGGUUGUGUUGAUCGUCCGCAUGCCUUAUGUAACCACACUUCAGCCCUCGCGUGAGUUUCUCUACGCUUCCAUUGAUGUAGCAAUCUGGUCUGUCAUGGAGCCCGCCCUAGGAAUCAUUGCCGCCUGCAUAGCGACUUACCGCCCCCUGUUCAAGCAAUGGGGCUUCGGAUGGGGAUCUACCAGAAGAUCAGCAGCGACGGCAAGCCACGGUUACGGUCGCAGUCAACGCCGUACCGGCCAUUGGGAGCUGCACAGUCAGACCGACUUGAACCGCCCGCCCGUGCCAGAAUACCGCACAGCAUACACUGAGAGUGUCAUCUCAGGCGAAGCAGCCAGCCCUGGAGCAAAGACUGGAAAAACGACAGAGGUUACGGUCACAUCAGAGCCGGUCGUUGCGCAACAUGAUAGUGGGAAAGUCUUUCACGAGCAAGAUGUUCCCCGUUUAUAA